GCGUCGCCUCGGAAAUCCGCGCCCAGCGCUGCACGCUGAGCCCCUGCAGGUCCUCCGCAGCCCGAGUCUUGGCGAGGACCGACCCGGCGCGCAGGGGCCGCGGACCCGCGCGCGGGGGGGCCGGGGGACGAGUGGGGUCGGCUUAUCAUGGCGGAUCGGACAGCUCCCAGCUGCCAGCUCCGGCUGGAGUGGGUGUACGGGUACCGGGGUCACCAGUGCCGCAACAACCUGUACUACACCGCCGGCAAGGAGGUGGUCUACUUUGUGGCCGGGGUCGGGGUGGUUUACAACACCCGCGAGCACAGCCAAAAAUUCUUCUUGGGACACAACGACGACAUUAUCAGCCUUGCCUUACACCCUGAUAAAACUCUCGUUGCUACUGGCCAAGUUGGGAAGGAGCCAUAUAUAUGUAUAUGGGAUUCCUAUAAUGUCCAAACUGUGUCUAUUCUUAAAGAUGUCCAUACGCAUGGAGUUGCCUGCCUGGCCUUCGACUCAGAUGGACAGCGUUUAGCCUCUGUGGGAUUGGAUGCCAAAAACACAGUCUGCAUUUGGGACUGGAGGAAGGGAAAACUUCUGGCGUCAGCCACUGGCCACUCUGACCGGAUUUUUGAUAUUUCCUGGGAUCCAUAUCAGCCAAACAGAGUGGUUAGCUGUGGAGUAAAACAUAUAAAGUUUUGGACACUAUGUGGAAAUGCCCUAACUGCAAAAAGAGGGAUAUUUGGCAAAACAGGGGAUCUUCAGACCAUCCUAUGCCUUGCAUGUGCCAAAGAAGACAUCACCUACUCUGGUGCUUUAAAUGGCGACAUCUACGUCUGGAAAGGGCUCAACUUAGUCCGCACUAUUCAAGGAGCACAUAGCGCUGGAAUCUUCAGCAUGUAUGCUUGUGAAGAAGGCUUUGCCACUGGUGGACGAGAUGGGUGUAUACGAUUAUGGGAUACUGACUUCAAACCAAUAACUAAAAUUGAUCUCAGGGAGACAGAACAAGGAUAUAAAGGCCUGUCUAUCCGGAGUGUGUGCUGGAAAGCAGACCGACUUCUAGCAGGGACCCAGGACAGCGAGAUCUUCGAAGUGAUUGUACGGGAACGGGACAAGCCGAUGCUGAUUCUGCAGGGCCACUGUGAAGGGGAGCUCUGGGCUCUGGCCCUGCACCCCAAGAAGCCGCUGGCGGUGACAGGCAGCGACGACCGCUCAGUCAGGCUGUGGAGCCUGGCGGACCACGCCUUGAUCGCCCGCUGCAACAUGGAGGAAGCGGUUCGCAGCGUCGCUUUCAGCCCCGACGGAUCUCAGCUGGCCCUGGGCAUGAAGGACGGCUCUUUCAUUGUUCUCCGAGUCAGAGAUAUGACAGAAGUAGUCCAUAUCAAAGAUCGAAAAGAAGUCAUUCAUGAAAUGAAAUUUUCUCCAGAUGGUUCUUAUCUGGCAGUGGGAUCCAACGACGGCCCAGUAGAUGUCUAUGCCGUCACCCAGCGAUAUAAGAAAAUUGGAGAAUGCAACAAGUCGCUCAGUUUCAUCACGCACAUUGACUGGUCUUUGGAUAGUAAAUACUUGCAAACUAAUGAUGGCGCCGGAGAACGGCUAUUCUACAGAAUGCCAUCUGGGAAGCCUUUAACAAGUAAAGAAGAAAUCAAAGGGAUUCCUUGGGCCUCCUGGACAUGUGUGAAAGGCCCAGAAGUGAGUGGAGUUUGGCCAAAAUACACUGACGUCACUGACAUCAACUCAGUGGAUGCAAAUUACAACAGCUCGGUGCUGGUGUCUGGUGAUGAUUUUGGACUGGUUAAAUUGUUCAGGUUUCCUUGUCUCAAGAAAGGAGCCAAGUUUAGAAAGUACGUGGGUCAUUCCGCACAUGUCACAAACGUCCGCUGGUCUCAUGACUUUCAGUGGGUAUUAAGCACAGGAGGGGCUGACCACUCGGUUUUCCAGUGGAGAUUUAUUCCAGAAGGUGUCAGCAAUGGCCUGCUAGAAACCACACGCCAGGAAGGUGGCACUGAUUCCUACAGUGAAGAAUCUGAUUCGGACUUAUCUGACGUGCCGGAGCUGGACUCUGAUAUUGAGCAGGAAACUCAAAUCAAUUAUGAUCGCCAGGUUUACAAAGAAGAUCUACCUCAGCUAAAGCAACAAAGUAAAGAGAAAAACCAUGCAGUGCCCUUCCUCAAACGAGAAAAGGCUCCUGAGGACAGCUUGAAACUCCAGUUCAUCCACGGUUACAGAGGCUACGACUGUAGAAACAAUCUGUUCUACACACAAGCUGGAGAAGUGGUCUAUCACAUUGCCGCAGUUGCUGUCGUGUACAACAGGCAGCAGCACUCCCAGAGGCUGUACCUGGGACACGACGAUGACAUUCUCAGCCUGACCAUCCAUCCAGUGAAGGACUACGUGGCCACCGGGCAGGUUGGAAGAGAUGCUGCUAUUCACGUGUGGGACACACAGACUCUAAAAUGUUUGUCACUGUUGAAAGGACAGCAUCAGAGAGGAGUGUGUGCGCUCGAUUUUUCAGCCGAUGGAAAAUGCCUGGUGUCCGUUGGUUUAGACGAUUUUCACAGUAUUGUAUUUUGGGACUGGAAAAAGGGAGAAAAGAUAGCCACCACCAGAGGACAUAAAGAUAAGAUAUUUGUGGUAAAGUGUAACCCACACCACGUUGACAAACUGGUUACAGUUGGGAUCAAGCACAUCAAAUUCUGGCAACAAGCAGGAGGGGGCUUCACCUCUAAAAGAGGAAUUUUUGGAAGUGUUGGAAAAUUGGAAACAAUGAUGUGUGUUUCUUACGGGCGAAUGGAAGAUCUAGUGUUCUCAGGAGCAGCUACUGGAGAUAUUUUUAUCUGGAAAGAUAUUCUACUACUCAAGACAGUGAAAGCUCAUGAUGGGCCCGUGUUUGCCAUGUAUGCAUUGGACAAGGGCUUUGUAACAGGUGGAAAGGAUGGAAUCGUGGAGCUCUGGGAUGAUAUGUUUGAAAGAUGCUUGAAGACUUACGCCAUUAAGAGAGCAGCAUUGUCAACUAGCUCAAAAGGCUUGCUUUUGGAAGAUAACCCUUCUAUUCGUGCCAUCACUUUGGGACAUGGACAUAUCCUGGUGGGAACAAAAAAUGGAGAGAUCCUGGAAAUUGACAAAAGUGGCCCAAUGACACUGCUUGUUCAGGGACACAUGGAAGGAGAGGUGUGGGGGCUGGCGGCUCACCCUCUCCUGCCCAUCUGUGCAACAGUGAGUGAUGAUAAAACACUGCGGAUCUGGGAAUUAUCCUCCCAACACCGUAUGCUGGCAGUACGGAAACUCAAAAAAGGUGGACGAUGCUGUGCCUUCUCCCCUGAUGGGAAAGCCUUAGCAGUUGGCUUGAAUGAUGGGAGUUUCCUGGUCGUAAACGCUGACACUGUUGAAGACAUGGUCUCCUUCCAUCACAGGAAAGAAAUGAUCUCUGAUAUUAAAUUUUCAAAAGAUACAGGAAAAUACCUUGCUGUGGCAUCCCACGACAACUUUGUGGAUAUAUACAACGUCCUUACAAGCAAAAGGGUCGGCAUCUGUAAAGGGGCUUCCGGUUACAUUACACACAUUGACUGGGACUGUAGAGGAAAAUUACUGCAAGUUAAUUCAGGUGCCAAAGAGCAACUCUUUUUUGAAGCUCCAAGAGGCAAACGGCAUAUAAUAAGACCUUCAGAGAUUGAGAAGAUAGAGUGGGACACGUGGACCUGCGUGCUGGGGCCCACCUGUGAGGGAAUCUGGCCAGCACACAGCGAUGUGACCGAUGUAAAUGCUGCCAGUCUCACCAAAGACUGUUCCCUCUUAGCCACGGGAGAUGAUUUUGGCUUCGUUAAGCUCUUCUCAUAUCCUGUCAAGGGCCAGCACGCAAGAUUCAAGAAGUACGUGGGCCACAGCGCCCAUGUCACCAACGUGCGAUGGCUGCACAACGACUCGGUGCUGCUCACGGUGGGCGGCGCCGACACGGCCUUGAUGAUCUGGACCAGGGAGUUUGUGGGAACCCAGGAGAGCAAGCUGGUGGACAGUGAGGAGUCGGACACCGACGCGGAGGAGGACGGAGGCUAUGACAGCGACGUUGCAAGAGAAAAGGCCAUUGAUUAUACCACCAAGAUCUACGCUGUGAGCAUCAGGGAAAUGGAAGGCACCAAACCACACCAGCAGAUGAAGGAAGUUUCAGUGGAAGAAAGACCUCCCGUUAGCAGAGCGGCUCCCCAGCCUGAGAAGCUCCAGAAGAACAAUAUCACCAAGAAAAAGAAACUGGUUGAGGAGCUGGCUCUGGACCACGUAUUUGGCUACAGAGGGUUCGACUGUCGCAAUAACCUGCAUUACCUGAAUGACGGUGCAGACAUCAUCUUCCACACAGCUGCGGCCGGCAUCGUUCAGAACCUCUCCACAGGGAGCCAGAGCUUCUACCUGGAGCACACGGAUGACAUCCUCUGCCUCACGGUGAACCAGCAUCCCAAGUACAGAAACGUGGUGGCCACCAGCCAGAUAGGCACAACCCCUUCCAUCCACGUGUGGGAUGCCAUGACCAAGCACACCCUCUCCAUGCUGCGGUGCUUCCACUCGAAGGGGGUGAAUUACGUCAACUUCAGCGCCACUGGGAAGCUGCUGGUGUCGGUGGGCGUGGACCCUGAGCACACCAUCACUGUCUGGCGCUGGCAGGAAGGUGCCAAGGUUGCCAGCCGAGGGGGUCACCUGGAGCGCAUAUUCGUGGUGGAAUUUCGCCCCGACUCAGACACGCAGUUUGUGUCUGUCGGGGUCAAACACAUGAAGUUCUGGACCCUGGCGGGCAGUGCCCUGCUUUACAAGAAAGGGGUCAUUGGAUCCAUGGAGGCUGCCAAGAUGCAGACGAUGCUUGCUGUGGCCUUCGGUGCUAACAACCUCACUUUCACGGGUGCCAUCAACGGCGACGUCUACGUGUGGAAGGACCACUUCCUCAUCCGGCUGGUGGCCAAGGCUCACACAGGCCCCGUCUUCACCAUGUACACGACCCUUCGGGAUGGACUCAUAGUGACCGGCGGGAAAGAGCGGCCGACCAAAGAAGGGGGCGCUGUGAAACUAUGGGACCAGGAGAUGAAGCGCUGCCGGGCCUUCCAGCUGGAGACGGGGCAGCUGGUGGAGUGCGUGCGCUCCGUGUGCCGCGGCAAAGGAAAAAUUUUAGUGGGGACCAAGGAUGGAGAAAUAAUUGAAGUUGGUGAAAAAAACGCUGCUUCCAACAUCCUGAUUGACGGACACAUGGAAGGGGAGAUCUGGGGCCUGGCCACACACCCCUCCAAGGACAUCUUCAUCUCUGCCAGCAACGACGGCACAGCCCGCAUCUGGGACCUGGCUGACAAGAAACUACUGAACAAGGUGAGCCUGGGCCACGCGGCCAGAUGUGCAGCCUACAGCCCUAACGGGGAGAUGGUGGCCAUUGGCAUGAAGAACGGAGAGUUUGUCGUCUUGUUAGUGAACAGCCUGAAAGUCUGGGGGAAGAAACGAGACCGGAAGUCUGCUAUCCAGGAUAUCAGAAUCAGCCCAGACAGCAGAUUCUUAGCCGUUGGUUCUUCUGAACACACAGUGGACUUCUAUGACCUCACUCAGGGCACAAGUCUGAACCGCAUUGGCUACUGCAAAGAUAUCCCAAGCUUUGUCAUCCAGAUGGAUUUUUCCGCAGAUGGCAGAUACAUCCAGGUGUCAACAGGAGCCUACAAGCGCCAGGUGCACGAGGUCCCCCUGGGGAAGCAGGUAACCGAAGCCAUGGUCAUUGAGAAGAUCACCUGGGCCUCCUGGACAAGCAUUUUGGGAGACGAAGUCAUUGGCAUCUGGCCACGAAAUGCAGACAAGGCUGAUGUCAACUGUGCGUGUGUAACCCAUGCUGGACUGAACAUUGUCACAGGAGACGACUUUGGGCUGGUGAAGCUCUUUGAUUUUCCAUGCACAGAAAAAUUUGCCAAACAUAAGCGUUACUUUGGUCACUCAGCUCACGUGACAAACAUCCGUUUCUCUCAUGACGACAAGUAUGUGGUCAGCACUGGAGGAGAUGACUGCAGCCCAAGCAAAACCCUUGGGACGACCAAGAAGACAUGCAUGCAUUCCAGAUGUUUUCUAGUUGUCUGAGUGUGUGGAAAAGGCACCUGUAGGGAAUUUCAACCCACUUCCUUCCCAAAAGCUUUGUGUGGGAAAUGGCCCCAAGGAUGCUUUCUGAUGGCCUGCCCGGGAGAUCUCGUCUGCUGUGCCAGCUGCUUCUGGCACUUAGAGCCCUUGAGAUAGUGCUGAGCGCCCUCUCCCUGAGGGGUGCAAACACCCAUUUAGAGCAGCACCAAAUGGAACAAGCUAGCGACAGGAGACAGAAGCCUAACAGUCACCUGGUGCAGGGGAUACGAGGGACUUCUGAUGACAUGAAAGGCUAGAAGUAACCUUUAAGAUGCAGGGCCCCCAGGCCUCUGCAGCCACGGGAGCCUGCUGUGAUCCCUGGCUCUGUGCUGAGCACUCCAAAGGGCUCGCCUACUCGAGUGGAGAUGAUAAAACCUUUUCAAUAGUAACAAGAGAGAUAGUGCAGAGUCAAGCUGCCAAAAGUCCUCCCGUUCAGAACACACACUCGGGCUGUUCUGAAAGAGCCAUACCAAAUGAAGAACAGUAGACCUUUUUAAAAAAGCAUUAGACCUUUCAUUGGUGGCAAAAUCCCUGGUUUGUUGUUUGAAUUUGAAAUUGAAAUGUUCAAUGCAUCACCUGAGUUUUUAUUCUGGAGCACUUGGCAAAAUGUGUGUUUGUCACUUGACACAGUAUGAUGUCCAGCCAUGCAAAAUGACUGAUCUGCUUUUUCAGUGUGUUUGUGUGGCGAUGUCUCUAAGUGCCAGAAUCCUCUUAUUGCUGCCACUACCAGCCAGCAACCACAGAGGCAGUGAGCGGGCGCCUCCUUGCCCCCCGCUGCUGGGAACCGCCUACAGCGGGCAGGCCGCACAAGCUCCAUGUGCUAGUGAAGCGGGGUGGCUGCUCCCGUCGUCCGGAAUCUCCGAAACUGUGAUGCCAAGACGGGAGGUCAGUUCUCAGAUGUUAAGACUGCUUGCCUGUUCCUGAGACUAAAAUCUAUUGUACUAAGUACACGGACAAAGAAAUCCUAUCUGAUAAUGUAGCCCACUGACAAAAUUUAAAGCCUCAGUUACCCUAAUCUAUAUGUAGCUUUUAAUUUGCAUCAAAACUUUUACAAAAGAUGUUUUGCUAUUAUGUUUCUAUAUACUUUAAAAAUGUUCAUUUUUACAAACAAGGAGGUUGAACAGGACAGCUUAAGUUAGGUUCACCGAAAUACUAGAAACAUUGAUAGCCUCUGUUCUCCACAUUUAGCUUUCAAAACCAAAUGAGCCAUGUAUAAACAAGUUGAGAAAACUUAAUUUUUUAAUGUUUCAUUUGCAGAGUUUUAUAUCCAUUAAGUGCCUUUGAAAGCUUCCAGUUGUGUGGGCUGCUGUCUCACCUCCCACAAAUUGUCUCCUUUCUUCACAUGGUGCUAAAAUGUCAAAACUGAGGAGGGCUACAGGACCCUUAGCAGAUUCCUGGGCUGUCACCCGUGUCAUGUGUUUAGGUCAAGGCUUCCUAAAUUAAAGACAUCAGAUCAGUUACCUCCUUGGGAAACAGUGGCUACUUGAAGGUUGUUGGGCCCACAGUUAGUCCCUCUGCAGUCCUGUUUCCUGUAACCAUGUGAUGCUGAGUGAUAACCAUGAUACACUGUACCACUGACCUUUCAUACUGAUCAGAUGUUGCAUUGAAAUAACCAUGUGGAAGAACAAUAAACUGAUCAAUGAUGGUAUGUACAACUGUA